AGUGGACCCUGCAAGGGUGGCGGCGGCAGCAGCAGCAGCGGCAGCAGCAGCAGCAGCAAUAGCAAUGGACCCGUUCACCGAGAAACUCCUUGAAAGAACCCGUGCCAGGCGAGAGAACCUGCAGAAGAAAAUGGCGGAACGGCCCAAGAUGGGAGCAAGACCCACAAUGCAGACCAAGAGGGUCAGAGAGCCUUUGGCAGAAACUGGUAACCAGGCUUCUCCUCCCGGUGAAGAAGUAAAACCUGAUACAAAGCCAUCACCAUCAAAGAGGCUCUGCCCUAAUGAUAUAGAGACUCAAGCUUCUAGUUCAGAGAACGUACAGCCAGUUCUUUCAAGUUCCACAAGCCAUGACUCUCCUAAGAUGACUUCAGAAUUGCAUGAAACUGCUUCUAACAGGACUUCAUCCGUUCAGCCUCUAAACACCAAGUCGGAAACUCCUGCAGCCCUUUCAGUCAAAACACGUAUGCAGAAACUGGCAGAACAGCGGCGCUGCUGGGAUAGUGAGGAUCCCUCUGAAUGUGUUUCUCUGUCCCCUCUCCAGUCAAAAGAUCUGCCUGUUUCUCCACCUAAGCAGACAUCUAAUGCCCUGGCAAGUGAAACCCCUAUUGGGAGAAGAGGCCGUUUAGCUAACCUUGCUGCUACAAUUGGUUCCUGGGAAGAUGACCUAAGUCAUCCAUCUGCAAAGCAAAACAAUGCACAAGAACAGCCUGGCACUACUUGUUUAUCCAAAUUGUCCACUACAAGUGGAGCAUCUGCUAGAAUCAAUAGUAGCAGUGUAAAGCAGGAAGCUGCAUCCUGUUCUCAAAGGCUUGUUGAGGCUUCUAUUAAUAAACCAGCAAACUCAAAGAGAGCGGAUCCAAACAAUUUUUUAACACAAUCCUCAAGAUCCACUGCUCCACAUUCUAACAAAUCUGAAGUACAACUGCUAACAGAGAAUCCCUGCAGCCCCAAGAAAACUCAAGAGCAUACACAAACAGCAAAAUCAUCUUUGCCUCAACCAGUUCAGUCCAAAGAAGAGCCAGUCAAAGGAACACAUGUGCAACUUGAAUCUAAGGGUAAACCCACAACACCAGGGGGAUCAGGAAUUAAGCCCUUCCUGGAACGCUUUGGGGAGCGCUGUCAAGAGCGUAGUGCACGCAGCCCUGCUACAAAUACUCCUGGGUGCAGAACACCUGUUGUUACCCCAAACACCAGGACAAUCCAGGAAAGGCUUCUCAAACAAAAUGAAAAUUCCUCUACUGCCAGUUUAGCACUUCAGCUUAAGCAGGAACGUGAGCGAGAACUUGCAUGCCUUCGUGGCCGAUUUGAUAGGGGCAAUCUGUGGAGUGCGGAGAAAGGUGACAGUUCAAAGAGGAAACUUCCACAAGCUAAAACGGAAAACCAAUCUCAGGCUAGUCCAAAACGCCCUCCUAGUUCAGAUGCCACUGCUUUUGGAUCAACAGACAACACACCAGCAGGUGACAGGCCAGUAAAGUCUCCGAGUGUGGAGUCUUCGGAUGCUUCUAAAUCUGAAGAGACUGAUAAACCCAGUCCUCCGAAGGUCACUGAGUCAAAGAGCCCUGUGAAAGUGAUGUCUGCCUCUGAACUCGAACAACUUGCUGAGAAACCAAAAGAUGAACUAUGCCAAGUUGAAAUGAAUGUGGAUGACGAAAUGAAUAGCUCAAAAGUGAUAAAUGAGAUUUUUGAAAUUCUUCAAGAGGACGGUCCAGACAUAGAAAAGCUGAAGAAAGAAAUGAGCAUGAGCCUGGAAGGUGAAAGUGAUGAGGAUGAGCAGGAAGAGUCGCUGAAUAUUUCAUCAAUGUCUCUGUUAACCCCUUUAGUGGAAUCUGUUGGUUCAGAGGCCUUUGCUUCUCCUUGUAAGUCAGCUGGGGAAGGUAGCAGUACCAGUGAUGUAAGUCUGAAGUCUGAAAAGUUCCAAAGGACUAAAGUUCCCAGGGCAGAAUCUGGAGACAGUAUUGGCUCUAUGUCAGAAGAUCGCAACCUUCCAUAUAGUGUCGAUGCGUACAGAUCUCAGAGAUUUAAAGAGACUGAUCGUCCUUCAAUAAAGCAAAUCAUUGUUCGCAAAGAAGAUGUUGCUUCCAAACUGGAAAUGAAAAGGAAUGGCCCAUCUGACCAAGUCAAUAUCAAAAAAAAAAUGCAGGAACUGAACAAUGAGAUCAACAUGCAGCAGACAGUGAUUUAUCAAGCCAGUCAAGCUCUGAACUGCUGUUUUGAUGAGGAACAUGGAAAAGGGUCACAAGAAGAAGCAGAAGCAGAGAGACUUCUUCUUCUUGCAACUGAGAAGAGAACUGCUUUAUUGGAAGAACUGAAUAAACUGAAGAGCGAGGGACCUCAUAGUAAAAGAAAUAAAGGUGCUUCUACAUCCACUGAAUUUGCUCCAUCCAGGGGAUCUGUUUCCAUUUCAGAAAUGCGUUUACCUCUAAAAGCAGACUUUGUAUGUGGUACAGUUCAAAAGCCAGACUCAGCAAAUUACUACUAUGUAAUAAUCCUGAGAUCUGGAGCAGAAAACAUGGUUGUAACUCCAUUAGCAAGCACUGCCAGUUCCCUGAAUGGAGAUGCUCUUACUUUUACUGCGACAUUUACUAUGCAUGAUGUGUCAAAUGACUUUGAAAUAAAUGUAGAAGUUUACAGUCUGGUGCAGAGAAAAGAAGUUACCAGCACUGAUAAAAGGAAAAAGGCAAAUAAAUCUAAGGUUAUUACUCCGAAGAGAUUACUAACAUCUAUUACCUCUAAAAGCAACCUUCUUACUCCAGCCAUGGCCAGUCCAGGUGGCCCAAAUGCUAUACGCAGUACUAAUUUCAUCCUUGUUGGAUCCCACAAGCUAUCUCUGUCUUCUGUAGGAAGUGCCAAAUUUGCAUUGGACAAGGUUCCCUUUUUGUCCCCUUUGGAAGGUCAUAUAUAUCUAAAAUUGAAAUGCCAAGUGGACUCCUUGGUGGAAGAAAAAGGGUUCUUGACGAUGUUUGAAGAUGUUAGUGGAUUUGGAGCAUGGCAUAGACGCUGGUGUGUGCUGUCUGGAAAUUGUAUCUCUUAUUGGACAUACCCAGAUGAUGAGAAACGAAAGCAUCCUUUGGGCCGCAUAAACUUGGCUAAUUGUACCAACCAUCAGAUUGAACCUGCCAACAGGGAGUUCUGUGCCCGUCCCAACACUUUUGAACUAAUAACUGUCAGACCUCAGAGGGAAGAUGACCGAGAAACUCUAGUCAGCCAAUGCAGAGACACACUCUGUGUUACAAAGAACUGGCUAUCUGCUGAUACUAAGGAAGAGCGUAACCUUUGGAUGCAAAAGCUCAACCAAGUCCUUGUUGACCUUCGCAUGUGGCAGCCUGAUGCCUGCUACAAACCUAUUGGAAAACUUUAAACUCUGGAAAGGAAAUAUGAAGAAAAUAUGUGAAAAUCCUCACUAACUAAACAAGAAAAGAACUGAAAUGAAAAUACGGGAAGUCCUCUGGGUCACUUAUGCUUUAAAUUGAGAGAGUAUUUAACAUUAUAUAGGACUGUGUUAUGCAGUAUUUUUAUUUUGCUUAAAAAAUUUUAAAACUUUUUUACUUCCUAGCUUUUGAGUAUGGUAGGAAGCAAUUAGUUGUUUCUUAAUAUUUAUGUAACUCCUUUUUUGGAAGUCUUCUAACUAGGUACAUUUUCUCCUUUAAACAACUAAAUUAUUUCAGGAAAUCACACUUCAGGGCAGGAAGGGAGGCGCAAGCUAGUGAAAAACAAGCUUUCUAGAUAACUCAGCUCCCUGAAAGAAACAAUAGCUCAAAAUACUCCAACAAGGAUGCUGCCGAAGUACAAGAUUUAAUGUUGGAGGUUUGUUGGGGUAUUUUGUAAGGAUCAGAUACAGAUGUUACUAAGUCAAUUUUGUUCUACAACAUACAGUAUAGAUAUUUCUUGCUUGUACAGCAUCCUUGUGGUCAGAACAAUAGAAAUGCACAAUAUAUUCAUACUACUUUUGCAAUUUCUUAUACAAACCAGUAUGGGUAAGUGCAUGGCAUGUACACUAUGUGAUUUGCAGAUGUGGGAUUACGUAUGCAGUAUAUUGCACUUUGAUAGAAAUUAAAAGUCUUGAAUAUUUUUGUUAGGACUGCUAUAUAAAAAAAAAUCUAACAGAGAAAUUUAGGUUUAGGAUUGUAUGCAUCAGUAUUUCCUGAGUCUUGUGGUUUGUACAAGCUGGAAUUCUCCGUUUGAGAACCAGGAAUAGGUUAAGAGGUUGUAAAAGUGCUUUUUUUUUUUUUUUUUUUUUUAAUAAUAAGAUUUUACAAAGCUGCUAUGUACCAACUAAUACUCUGCUGGCCAAAAGUACGGGUCUUCCUCCCCUUGACAGACAUGUGCGCAAAUGCAUAGAAAAGCAGUACUUGAGACCCAUCAAAACGGCAAAAUUUCUCAGUUAAAACUUGCAGUUUUCACAGCUUUUCACUGGGCUUAGUGAAAUACCAGCUCAUUACUUCACUAUUGCAAAUGCAGUAGUGGAACACUGGAAAUUGCUGUUGCUGUUACACAUUCACACUCAAAACACUAAAUUCUGUUAGCUUAUACUGUUUUCAUCCUGCCACUUUUGUACUUGCUUUUAAAUCGUUUUCUUUUUCCUUUAUGUCUUUAAAUAUUUCCAAACUAUGUAUUGAGAUUUAUUUUAUUCAUUUAAAAUAAAAAAUUACACACCACCUGCUUUUCUCAUAGCAUUUUCUAUGCAUUUGAAACACUAGUUUGUAAGCUAAAGUAGUGGUGCUGGGAUCCACACAGUGUUUGAGAAAGGAUUCUAUUUUGUACGUGUAUCACAAUUCCACUUUUUUGAGAAGAUAAUUUGAGGCCUCGGAUGUAGCUAGCACCAAAUUUUGUAGUGAGAGGCCAGGUUGUCCAUGUCCAGCAGUUCAUUAGAUAUGAAGAGGAGAGACUGUUCUUUUCUUUAGUGACAGAGACAGGGCAGCAUAGUAACAGAGUAACACAACACAGACAGUGCAAGGGUAAAUUUCAUGCUGGGUAUGUGGUAGGCUGUCUUCUUAAACUUCCAAGUGGAUCUUAAAAAUCAUUAAAUAUAGAAUUAUCAAAUGAGUCCACAGAAAGGUGCUAAGAACUGAACUGGAUGUAUCCAAGGGAACAACAUGUUUUUAUUUAGGUUGAUUGGGCUAUUAUCCUUUGUAGAAACCAAUCUGUGUUUGUUCAAUGACCAAAAAGUAGUUAUCCCUCAUCAAGCAAAGGUAAAAAGUGUAACAGGUGGAGUAAGUUAGAAAAGCUGACCUGUGUGGUGAGUUCUGGGCACAAGCUCUCAGUGGUGAGGACAUGGGCUACUGCAGCCAGCAGAAGCAUGGGAUGCCAGCUUAGCUGCAAGCCUGCACUCACAGCUUUACUGACUUGUACUGCUGUGUGCCAUCUCCUGCCAUGCUUCUCUGCUCUUUUAAGGGUGACCUGAGAAUUUUGCAAAAAAAAAAUGGUGAUGUAUUUUUUCCAUGUUUGUAGUAGAUCCUUUUUAAAGAGGCCAGACUGUGUGAAUUCAGAUAGCUUUAGGUAGCUUUAGAUGUUCUAUACCUCAAAAAUAAUUCCUACUGUCUGAUUUCAAAGCUCUAAGUUUUGUAAAAACCAUUUACAGAGUGAAGUCCAAAAAAACCUUCCUAUUUGUAGUGUGUUGGACCCAGCCAGUGACAUAAUCCCUGCUAUAUUCACAUGCUCUGACUGACCCCAAAGAGACCUUGACAGACCAUUCCUUCUAGAAAUACAUAUUGCUAUAAAGUUUGAAUUGCGUGGAACUACACCUAGGUUUCCAAGAGAAACUUUUUAUUUCCUGUUUAUUUCUCUCUUCCCCACGUAUUUGUCAUCUUCAACCAGUCUAGUCUAAACACCAGGAGACAGUUAAACUAAUGGAAUAGACUAGAAUUUGUAGUUCAUUACUGCUUUAGCAUAAGUAAGCUUUUUCAGCAGCAUUUUUUUAAGCAUAGGACAUAUAUUUUUAGAGUGGUACGGGUAAGUGAUUGAUGGUUGCGGAUGCAGAUCUUCAGCUGUUUUUUGCAUUUGAAAUAAUAGACACAGUGGUUGUAAAAGCUGAUGGCAUAAUAGGCCCAAAAUUCAUCUUUAUUCGCAGAUAGUUACUGCAUUACAGAUCAAGUUUCUGCAUACAGCCCAAUUUGGAGCUGCAGAGCUCAACUCUAAGGCAUGAGGGCAUGUGCUUUGGUCAGUGCAACUCCAGCCAGGGGCAAGCCCAUUCCUUGGUGUCCCUCAGAGACCCCAUGUCCAGCAUGGAGCAAUGGCACUGGGCAAACCUGAGAGCUUUGCUUUGUGGUUCAGCUAUGGUUUCAGGUUGUCUCUGAGAAGAUGUUAUAAUUGUAUAAGAAACGGGUUUUUCCAUUGUUUGAAAAUUCAAGAAGUUCACUAAUAUGAAAGUCUCUAAGUGAAAAAUGCUUUGCUCUGGGCAAUGAAGCUUACUUUAGCUGAGGAAAUUUCAGUUUUACUAGUUUGUGAAAUUCUUAAUUGGUGUUAUUAAGCCUCAAAUGAAAUACAAUAAUUUGCAAUGAAAUUGCCUUGAAAAUUAGGCUUCUAAACACGAUUCUCUUCCCCCUUUUAAUUGCUACACUUCUGUAUGUUAGUGUAGAGGAAAUCAUCUAAUAUUCUGUAAUUAUUGCCAGUGCUGUACUUGGUCUAUAGUAAAACCAUGUGAAUGCA